AUGGCCAAAAUCAACAUCCGCGACGCGUCCACCGCCGAAGACGACGUCACCUUCAUCGUCGCAGCCUUCGACUCGACCCUCGCGCCCCUCGCGGCGCUCGGCAGCGGCGCGAUGUGGGGCACCACGCUCUUCUCGCAGAAAGACGGCUUCGUCGAGGAAACAAUCAAGGAUGUGCAGACGUCGGAGAGGUAUCAGGCCACGGGGGAGGCGGAGGAGGCGCUGAGGAUUUUCGUGGCGGAGGUUGAGCUUGAGGAUGGGACGGAGGCGGGGGCGGGGCUGCGGUGCCGGGAGGCUGGGGACGGGAGGCGGUAUCUUCCUGUCGGGAUGGCGAUGGUGAGGGAGGGAUGGGUGCCGGGCCAUGUGAAGAAUCAGUUUCAUGUGGAGAAGAUUAGGGAGGAGUUGGAGGGGCGGAAGGAUUUUGUUUAUGUUGAUGUUUUGAUUUCUGAUUUUAGGACCGGGGGGUUGAGGAAGGGUGCUGGGGAGGCGCUGCUUGGGUGGGCUAGGAAGCAUGCUGUUGAGAAGGGUUUGAGGGAGGUGUAUCUUGACGCUUGGGCUGGUAAUGGUGGAGGAUUGGUGAGAUACUAUGAGAAGCAUAGGUUCAGAUUUGUUGCUGAGUUUGAGAUGACGAGAGGUGACGGCACGAUUUGGCCUGGGGCCCUUAUGAAGAUGGAGUCGCGUUGA